UUUAAGUCGCAAUUUCAUUUGUAUAGGGCGGAGUUCCGUUUUGAUUCUCGAAACUUUUUAAUAAUUAUUUUCAUUUUCUCAAAAAACAAACAUUUAUCCUUUUUGUUUAUUCUGUCCAUUGUUUUUGAGAAAAACUAUAUCGCAGGUUGCAAAAGAUGGCUGAUGGUGAGGACAUUCAACCCCUUGUCUGUGAUAAUGGAACAGGGAUGGUUAAGGCUGGAUUUGCUGGGGAUGAUGCUCCGAGAGCAGUGUUUCCUAGCAUUGUUGGUCGACCACGUCAUACUGGUGUGAUGGUUGGAAUGGGACAAAAAGAUGCAUAUGUAGGGGACGAGGCUCAAUCUAAGCGUGGCAUUUUAACUUUAAAGUACCCAAUUGAGCAUGGCAUUGUCAACAAUUGGGAUGACAUGGAGAAAAUUUGGCAUCAUACUUUUUACAAUGAACUUCGUGUCGCUCCAGAGGAGCAUCCGAUUCUCCUCACUGAAGCUCCUCUCAACCCAAAGGCCAAUCGUGAGAAGAUGACCCAAAUCAUGUUUGAAACCUUCAAUGCUCCUGCUAUGUAUGUUGCCAUUCAGGCUGUUCUUUCCCUUUAUGCUAGUGGUCGUACAACUGGUAUUGUGCUUGAUUCUGGAGAUGGUGUCAGCCACACAGUCCCUAUUUACGAGGGAUAUGCACUUCCCCAUGCAAUCUUGCGUCUUGAUCUUGCUGGUCGUGACCUCACCGAUGCCUUAAUGAAGAUUUUAACUGAACGUGGUUAUUCAUUCACCACAUCAGCGGAGCGGGAGAUUGUAAGAGACAUAAAAGAAAAGUUGGCAUACAUUGCCCUCGAUUUUGAGCAAGAGCUAGAAACCUCCAAGACCAGCUCUUCAGUUGAGAAGAGCUAUGAACUGCCUGAUGGGCAAGUGAUCACCAUCGGGGCCGAGCGAUUCCGAUGCCCAGAAGUCCUUUUCCAACCAUCUAUGAUUGGGAUGGAAGCUGCUGGUAUCCAUGAGACAACUUACAACUCUAUAAUGAAGUGUGAUGUUGAUAUUAGAAAGGAUUUAUAUGGCAACAUUGUGCUUAGUGGUGGUACCACCAUGUUCGCCGGUAUAGCUGAUAGAAUGAGCAAAGAGAUCACAGCCUUAGCUCCUAGUAGCAUGAAGAUUAAGGUGGUUGCUCCACCUGAGAGGAAGUAUAGUGUAUGGAUUGGGGGUUCCAUAUUGGCAUCCCUCAGCACUUUCCAACAAAUGUGGAUUGCCAAAGCUGAAUACGACGAGUCUGGCCCUUCAAUUGUGCAUCGAAAAUGUUUUUAAGUAAAAACACAAAAAAACAAAAACAAACAAACAAACAAACAAUAGGAUUAAGUAUUGGUUUUUUACAAUAACCUUAAAAGGAUGGAUGAUUCUCAUUUUCCUUUUUAGCAGUGGGGGACAAUUUCCCUACAAACUUGAUUUUUGUGCAUGUUGAUUCAUAUUAUAUGUUUCUUUUUUAUUCUAAAUUUGUUUAUUAACUACCAUUCAUUUUACGAAUGAACAAUUAAAUUAUAUGCAAUAUAAUAUUAUUUGUGUAAA